UUGAAGCUCCAUUGUCCUUUAGCAAGUCCUGCCAAUUCUAACAUAAAUUCUUGCAGUGAGAUUGAAGACGAACUAAACACCUCGUUGACGAAGAGAAAAGUGGGCGUUAUCAAUGCUCAUGAGCUGGAACGGAUCAAGAUUAAGGAUGCAGUGCACGAGCUUGAUAAAUUGGACAGUGCGGACGUAUUCCCUCAUCUUGAUGACAGCCAAAGGCAAGCUGCUAUACAGGCGCUCACAAAUGAGCUGGCUAUAAUCCAAGGACCUCCGGGCACAGGUUCCGCUUGUGAUCUGCCGGCUGGAAAAACCUUCAUUGGUGUCGAAAUCGCUAGAAUAAUGCUGCACAAUCGGGAUCGUUGGGGAAUUACGGAGCCGAUGCUUGUUAUGGCCGCCAGAUUCAUGAAGAAGGAUGUGAUCACUGAUUGGUCUAUGGAUCUGAAUACGGAUAACAUUCUCAAAGAAGUUGAAACGACCCAAAGAAAUAAGAGAGAAGCCCGUGAAAAGCUAUCCGAUGCCGCUUGUGUGCUGUGCGUCUACAAGAGAGAUCUCAUCAGUUUCAAAGCUCUUGCUAAAGUCAUCCCAGAAAAGUUCAAAAAUGAACUCAAUGGAUGGAAAAUGUCGCAUCGCGAUUCGGUUGGAUGUGAGCUAGAUAACGAUGAAGCGCUGGCAUGUUGGCUGUUAGAUAAAGCAUACACAAAGGACGAAGGUGCUAUUGAUAUUACACUUAGUGAGGAUGACCUGUACUUACCGGAGGACUUGCCUACAGAUGACGAGGAGGAAGGAGCUCCAAUCGAGAAGCUGCUGGAAGAUGUCAACCGUCUUGCGCUGGAUGAAGAAGAACAGGAUGAGGCAGAUGACUUUUACCUAACAGAACGUGUCUGGGACAUUGUUCGGGACAGCCCAUCCAUGAGC